CCUACAUAUAAGAAUGUGUCAAACGCCGCUGUAGCAAUCAAAGCCCUAACGUGCAGUCAAUGUUGAAGCAUGCUACCGGUCUUGCUCUUGCCAAUUCGACCAUCACCUUGUCUUCAUCAACCCCCACAAAAAUUGGCACUCUCUCAGUGCGAUUCUUGGCUACUUCAUACACAGAGAUAUCAUCUCCCGCCACACAUUCUUCACAAGACUCAGAUUUCCGAUCUCAAGUGCCACUUGAUCCUGCAUCAGUGGGUGUUGUCCAGGACAAGGACCUUCUCAGAAAGACUCCUGAUGGAGAGAUUCUAUUCCUUAAACUCCUCGACAGGGGUGCAAUGGAAGCAGAUGCCAGUCUAUAUCACAAACUCUUCAAAAUCUGUGCGGAUUACAAAAGACCGAAAGAAGGCAGACUUGUUCACAACCAUUUCCUUCGUUCCAGGUUCAACCAUGACGUUGUGCCUUACAAUACGUUAAUUAACAUGUAUUCUAAGUGCCACUGUAUAGAGGAGGCUCAAAAGGUGUUUGAUGAAAUGCCCAAAAGAGAUAUGGUGUCUUGGGCUACACUGAUCACUGGAUAUUCGCAAAAUGAGAGAUAUGUUCAGGCAUUGACUACUUUUCGUGAGAUGCUAAGGGCUGGAUUCAAUCCUAACCAAUUCACUUUUGGGAGCAUUCUCAAGUCGGCUGGUUCUGACACCACUGAUAUUGUGAUGGGCAGACAAAUACAUGAUUUUAGUUUGAAACAGGGGUUUGAGGAGAGUGUUUAUGUGGGAAGCGCUCUUAUAGAUAUGUACGCCAGUUGUGGAGAGUUGGAUGAAGCCAUGUUAGUCUUUCAGGCCAUGAGGGUCAAGAAUGAGGUUUCUUGGAAUGCUUUGAUUUCAGGGCAUGCUAGGAAAGGGGAGGGAGAAAAUGCUUUGAAUCUUUUCUUGGAUAUGAAAAGAUCCAGGUUUGUCCCAACCCAUUAUACAUUUUCAAGCCUUUUCACUGCCUGUGCUUCUACUGGAGCUUUGGAGCAGGGAAAGUGGCUCCACGGGCAUAUGAUCAAAUCAGGCUUGCAACUCGUAGGUUUUCUCGCCAACACUCUGCUGAAUAUGUAUGCCAAGUCGGGUAGCAUUGAAGAUUCCAAAAAAGUUUUCAAACGAAUGGUGAAAAGAAAUAUAGUUUCGUGGAAUUCAAUGCUUACCGCCUCUGCCCAACAUGGACUGGGGAAUGAGACUGUAGCACUCUUUGAGGAAAUGCUUAUAGCUGGUUAUGAACCAAACGGGGUGACCUUCCUCUCUGUCCUCACCGCUUGUAGCAGGUCUGGCCUUUUAGACAAAGGAAUGCAUUAUUUUGAAUUAAUGAAUACAUUAAAGGCCGAACGUGAAAUUUCACAUUUCGUGACGAUUGUUGACCUACUUGGCCGAUCAGGUCAACUCGACCGUGCCCGAAGGUUCAUAAAUGAUAUGCCUGUUGAACCCACAGCCGAAAUCUGGAAAGCAUUGUUAGGGGCAUGUAGAAAGCACAAGAACAUGGAGUUGGGCGUCUUUGCUGCAGAGCGGGUCUUUGAACUCGAUCCAUACGACUCUGGGCCCCACGUCUUGCUGUCCAAUAUCUAUGCUUCAGCUGGAAGGUUGAGUGAUGCGGCAAAAGUGAGAAAGGCGAUGAACGAGACUGGAGUAAAGAAAGAACCUGCAUGCAGUUGGUUGGAGAUUGAGAAUUCUGUUCAUGUGUUUGUGGCAAAUGACGAGUUCCAUCCAUAUAGAAAGGAGAUGAGAAAAAAGUGGAAUGAGAUAUAUGAGGAGAUUAAGAAAAUUGGGUAUGUGCCCGAUACAAGCAAUGCCCUUUGGUUUGUGGACCAAAGGGAAAGAGAGGAAAGGUUGCAAGAUCACAGCGAGAAACUGGCUUUAGCUUUUGGGAUUCUAAACACUCCGCCCGGUUCAACAAUACGGAUAAAGAAGAACAUUAGGGUUUGUAGUGAUUGCCAUACUGCUUUUAAGUUCGUUUCAGUGGUGGUUGAUAGAGAAAUCAUUUUGAGAGACACCAACCGGUUCCAUCACUUCUGCAAUGGUGCUUGUUCAUGCAGUGACUACUGGUAACAUCACAAAGUUAUAGCUUUUAUGGAACAAUAUUUAAGUUUGUUUCUGUGGUGGUUAACAGAGAAAUCAUCUCCAGAUACAAUAGUUUUCUUCCAGCAGUGUUGGUUGUCGUUUAUUAUGCAAGUGGGCUUAAUAGGCAAGCAGAUCUUUUCUUAUACUGAAAAUGUUCUCGAUUUGUUUGUUGCGACUACAAGUGUUUUCUUACUUGGUUGGUCAUGGAAAUGUCAUUAUUGGAUCUUUGCUUGGUGGCUCACUUUUAAGUCUCGAUAUCGAGAAGAUAUUGCCAUCACCGGGUUGUACUUGAGAGAUGCUCCUGGUCAGUUCCAUUGCAAAGAGAUAAAAAAAACUUCAUAUUUUGAGGCUAGAUGACCAUAUCCUGACGAGAGAAUACUAUAAAUUUGGAGGUAAUUUUUAUGGGUUAUAUCUUCCAGAUCCCUGUUACCGUGUUAAUCGACUCACGUGUUGCACAUAUAAUGAAUGGGAUUAAUUUAUUUUUGAAAAUAAUUCAUUUCAUGAAUAUUGUGCAUAUACAUACUUCAACAACAACAACAACAUCCAAGCCUUAAUCCCAAAAGAAUUUGGAGUCGGUUAACAUGAAUCGAUCUAUGAUAUCGACGCCAAACAGAGAGAAGGACAGGGGGAAGAAGUAAGAUAAAACGGAUAAAAUAAAGAUAAAAUAAAUACUAGUAUAAGAUAAUAGUAACAUGAGAAUAUAAGAAAGAUAAAAGAUGAUAAAAUAAAAGAGCAUAAAAAAGUUAGAAGAUAAAAAUAACAUAAGAAGAUAAAAGAAAAGAGAGGAAAUAGCAUCAAUCAUCCACACGGAUGUGCAUAUACAAACUUAUUGUAUAAAAGUUAAAAUAUGAAAUAGCAUUAUAUUAGAGUACAUGUAUGAUAAUUGUUAGAGAUAUACUACAAACGGUAACCUCCAAGCCUUAGUCCCAAAAGAGUUUGAGGUUGGCUGACAUGAAUUGACACAUGAAAAUAUGAAAUCGGAGCUAAAAAGAUAAGAAAGAUAACAAGAUAAGAUAAGAUAAGUAUAAGAUAAAUCAAAAGUGGUCCUGAUUAAGCUAAAAAUCGGAACCUUCCCCUCUGGACGCCCCCCUUACCUAAGAUUCGCGAUGCUUUAAAGGCGUUAAUGUUCGCCCAACCCUUCUCGGUUAGUCUUCUUAAAUCAAAAGCGGUCCUGAUUAAUUUCAAUUCCGACAUAGAUUUCCAUCGUUUUUGGGAAAAAAACACCUGGGAUGUUUUUGGAUCUAAGAUGGUUGUUACUUGAUGGACCUCAUCCUUCUCUGUCGAUCGGGAUUCCCCUAUCGCACCGGUAUGGGUUGCUCUAGAAGGGCUUCCCAUCCAUCUGCAUGAUGUACGUGCCCUGAAUUCCAUUGCUACAGUUCUUGGAAAACCUAUUCGUAUUGAUGUCCCUACUGCUAAUUUCUCCAGACCGUCUGUAGCAAGAAUAUGUGUUGAAAUUGACAUAUCUCAGGAACUCCCCAAUUAUAUUUGGAUUGGAAAUGGUAAAAAUGGGUUUUUACAGACAAUUGUCUAUGAAAAUUUACCUGUCUACUGCCAUAAGUGUUCUCGGUUUGGCCACAAAUUGACUGGCUGUUCUUGGGCAACCUCAAUUUUGGGGCCUAAACCAAGGAAUUUGGCUAACGACUACCACUAAUGCUGUGGUUCCUGCUCCUAGUUAUGAUUCUACUGCUGAUAAGGCUAAUGCUGCCCAGGUUGUUUCAGCACAGCCUGGAAUCAGUGCCUUACCUGGACUCUUUGCUGCUUAUAUACCCUAGACCUCUGCUUCUCUUGGUGUUGAUCCUGUUUUUACAGGUGGUAGUGGUUCUGAUUGUGUUGCCCCGGUAAACACAUGAAUUGAUAGUUGCUCUGUAAAGUUUGAUGCCCAACAAUCUGUUAUUGGUACACCAUUACCAACUAGUGAGGCCCCUUGUGAUAAUAUUGUCUGCAGCUAUUCAAACUGGAAUUCCUGAUAAAACCACUGCUAUUCUGAGUGAUGCAGUUGUUUACACUGAUACCUCUGUUGUUGCUUCAUUAUGUGCCCCUGAUACCUCUUUUUUUGUUAAUUCAGAACACCCUGUUGCAGUCCCUAAUGCUCUUGUUGCACCUGCUGAUACUUAUACAACAUCUUCUGUUGAUAAUUCUGAUAAUUCUGAUAAAUUUAUGGCUGUCCCUAUUGCUCUUGUGGCCCCAGCUGUCCCAUAUGCAGUUGUGGCUCCUGAUGAUUCUGUGGUUAAUAAAGAAGUAGCUAUUACUUCUGCUGCUGCUCUUAAUGCUCAAAAUUCUGCUCUAACCACCCUUAAUGAUGCUACAACAGUCUGUCAUGCACCUGCUGUGACUUUUGAUGCCCCUACUGCUCCUUUUGAUGCGAACAUUACUCAUGCUACUGUCUCUUGUGUCCCUGUUUUGGAUGCCAAUCCUGAAGUGACACAAAUUGCAAGUGAAACCAUUAAGCCAAGUUCCUUUUCAAUGGUUUCAGCUCCUUCUGCAGUGUUGUCUUUCAAUGCUGCCCACCGGCCCUUGGAUGUUGAUAAGGAUGAACCCCCGGUGGCUACCCGUUCCGUGGCGGUAACCGUGGGUGUUCAUCCACUGGUUAAACGUAAUGAUGAUGCCAAUGAUUGCCUUGAGGACCGAACAGGAAAUGACGAGACCCUCUCUGAUCCACCACUUAAAAAUACAGUUACUACGCUUGCCACACUACUGUCCGGUGAUGAAUCUCUUUCUGAGGACAGUCAAUUACUAACCUUUUCAGUUUCAGGUCACCAAGACAAGCACCCAGCGGAAGAGGAACUCCUCGACGGACUUACUCCACACUUACCACCACAGGAAGACCUAGACGGCUUUACUAUAGUGAAGGCAAAGAAAAAUAAAGGCAAUUGUGCCACGCCCCAAAAUGCAAAUCCGGAACCCAGACAACUAUUCUACGAGGUGGGCUACACAUCACACCCGAUGAUCACAAGAAGUCAAUCCAGACGCCCGCAAGAUGAAGAUGACUACUACAUUUACCCGGUUGAUGCAAGGCUGGACUCUCCACACAAACUGGCUACGACACUCGCACGACACAGGUCCUCCAAACCGGAAGCAAAAACUUAUCAACCAUAUCUCUGAAAGGCUAUUCAGUUCCAUAACAGAUAUAACAGACCCAUUUCGUCUACAGUCGGAUACCCUCAAAAAAACUUCGACCGUUAAACCCUUGUUUUUUAUCAUCUUUAUGCUUUUUCUUAUGUGUACCGUUCCUUAAACUUUCUUGUAAUCUACUUAAUUUUAAUAAAUUUGGGUAGUGUUCCCCGGCGCUCCCGCCACCACGUGUGGUUAUUUCCGGAAAAA